UUAAAAAUGUCAAGUGUUAAAUCUUGAACUUUGUUGAUGUUACUAGCGUCGCAAAUUUUGAAACAUUGAAUCAGUUUUUGGAACUCACAUCUGCAUUUUUUGCAGCUGACUGUGUAGACAACAUGUAGAAUAAAGGCAGGCCACUAAUAUUAACAGCAAAGCAGCUAGUUUAACAACUUUGUGUUGAUUGUGCGUAGCAAUAGUAGCGACCUUGAAAUUGCCUGUUUAGCUCUUCGUUAGUUGACAAAUAUGGAGGAAUCUCAUCAUCGUACAAUAAUGGACCACUUAGAUCUUGGUACUGGAGGUCACCAUAUGCAAGAAGAUCUAUCCAAAGGUGUGUUGCGAACAAUUCAUCACGUCGAAAAUGGAACACUCCAUUUUAUUACAAUACCACCGGCUAGUAAUUCUCGAGAACAGGAAUACAUUGAAAGUUCCCUGCUUGGAGCAGAUCUGCUGUCAAGUCACCUUCCGAAUGGCUUGUUAGUAGAUUAUAUCAGCACGCCAGGGCCGGCUACCCCAAACGGCAAUUCAUUUCAUUCGCAAUCCACAAGCUUACUGGAUCACCACGCUGGCAGUGGUAGUAUGCAAACAUAUUCUGCAGAAGAUCUGCAAACGUUAGUGGAUGCAAGCUCGUUGCAGUCAUCAGACAACGAUCGAAAGCUUUUUCUUCAAUUCGUGAAUAAACAGCCAACGCAAUUAUCUCAUGAGGCACCGGUCAUAGUAACAAACCCGAAGGAUGUAACCGGUGUAAAUUCGUUGAACGGACAUGACAAAUUGACACAGCCAUCACAUUCACAGUUAGCAGGAGUCAACCACAUGCCGGUUACCGCAUCUACCAGUAGCUUUCUCCAUUAUCACAAUCAGGAUCAUCUUCUGGGAACAACACAUACUAGUGUUAACAACAUGAUCAAUACAGGGAAUAUUUUGACUACUCAUCAUGCCGCGCCCCAUCAUCAUCAUCACCAUCACCAUCUUCAACAUCAUCAUCAGACGCAAGCGACUUCCCACCAAAUUGUGCAGAAUAAUACACCCCAACAACAACAGCACCAUCAUCAGCAAUCUCAAAAUCAAUCACAUCUGUCUUCACUCCAUUCCAUGUUACAAAGUGAGUGCUCACCCUCGAAGAUGUUCCACGUUGCCUCUUCAGUUGCUAACACGAGUAUAGCAAUAAGUACUGCUACCAGUCAAAAUUGUAUCCAAAUGCCUCCACUGGCUCCACUGAAGGGUGUCGAAUCUCCGAAACGAUAUCUUACUUAUCAAAUGGUGCAGUCGCAAGGACCGGUUAUGGAGCGAACAGCUUGCCAUGAUACAGUAGAUGUUGCAGAGAAUUUUUUAUCCCGUGAUGACCUCUUAGAAUGCGCUGCUACUGGUGAACCACGUUCGGAUGACGAUGAAGAUGCUGUUGAGUCUAAUGGUGGACCGUUAGCUACAGCCAAUUCAACCUUUACCAAUACAUACCUGCCACACAAGAAGCGACUAUCUAAAAAGUUAGGUGACUCGAAACGCACUGAGCAGAUUCAAAGACAUUCUGUCAUCUCGACUGAUCACCAACUGCAAGAAUUGCAAAGCAAGGAUUCCUCCCAGGAUCAUGCCAAGAACAAUCUAGAUGUUGCAAAAUCUAAAUCAUUUUCCUGUCAGUUGUGUACUGAUAUAUUCGAGGAUCAAUUGUUGUUUUUCACUCACCUUAAGCAACAUUAUGAACCAAGCUCGGGGAGUCCGAGUGAUGAAAGGAAAACCGGUGAUCUGAAGAAGAAACCCAAAUUACCACGUGUUAAGCAUACCAAGAAACUGAAAAAUGAUAAAUCAUGUCGUGGAACAGUGGAAGAUGUGGAAACAAGCUCAAAUGUACAAGAUCAACAGCAAACAUCCGCAUUCGAUGGUCAAGGUUUUGAGCAAGCGCCUAGCAAUCUGACUGACUAUCAGCAACGAUCUCAGCAACAAAAUUCGGAGGUGAUCGUAAAUCCUUCACAACAAGCGGUGUGCGUAGAAUCCGAUAAUGCAGCAGGUGAAUUCAGUGAAACUGAAGAUAUGCUUGAAGGUAUUCGUAAUGUGGUACAAAAAGUUCAAGAAGCUGUCGACACUGACACAAAUGAUGGUUUAGGAGGGACAUCUACACUUGAGAGGACGAUUAUUACAGCAGAAGAGAAGUUGUGGUAUCAAGCACAACAACAACAGCAGCAUCAACCGCAGCCACAGCAACAGCAACAGCAGCAGCAACAGCAACAGCAACAGCAGCAGCAGCAGCAGCAGCAACAACAACAACCAAAUCAGUCUAGUAGUACUGCGUCGGAUAUGGUGAAGUCAAUUGAUUUCACCUCAGAUUUGGGAACCCACGAGAUCCAUAUCAAUGCUGGGAGUGAUAAUUUCGUACUAUUUUUAAAUAAGGCGGAGUUCAACGAGGAUAUGUUACAUUCCGGAAAUACACCCCACCAACAAGCAACUCAACGUACGAUCUCAACCGUUCCACAGCCGCCAAUUCCUCCCAGUCACAAUCCACCCGCUUCGUACAUGAUGGAUUCCGAUUCUCAACUACCGCAGCCAACGAUUGGCGAGUGUGAUAUGAACAUGCAAAUAUUGGACCUUGGUUCCACAGGUAUUGAGAAUCAUCCUGAAAUUGUUAAGCUUGUUGAUUUUAACCUUUCAACAGUAACUGCUGCUACAUCUACAAUAAAUUGUCAACUGGGUAGCAGCACGAAACUAUUGAAAGAUGAACAAGCAUCCAAUCCAGAUAGUGACUCUGUAAUAAACGACGAUGGCUCGUUUUACGUAUUUGAUGAAAACGUUGAGACAGAAGACUCCUGUGGAGAAGAGGCUAAUACUGUGUGCAGUGGAGAUGAGCAAGCUACCUACCCGAACACCCAACAAUAUGACGCAGAUGCUGCAGAGGAUCAAGUAGCGAUAAAAUGUAAUUCAACGUUUCCGUCAGUUCCUCCCUGUAAAAAGAAAGGUCGAAAAAAGUUGGGCGAUUUACCUAAGAAGACUAACAAAAAGUAUCCUUGCACCGAGCCAGACUGUGAUAAAGUAUUCAACUCAAAAACUGCAGUUCGCUAUCAUGAAUUGCAACACAAGAAUGAGCGGCCCUAUAACUGCAUGCAGUGCUCGAAAAAUUUCUUCACAUCCAGUGCUUUGAAAGUUCACGAACGUCUGCACUCUGGUGAAAAACCGUAUAAAUGUGAGGAGUGUGGUCGAGCGUUCCGACAGUGGGGCGAUAUGAAGUACCAUCAGUCGUCCAUACACUCAAACGAAAAAACACAUCAGUGCGAAUUCUGUGGUAAAAAAUUCGCCCGACGUUAUUCCCUAGUCCUGCAUCGCAAGAUACAUUUAAACGAGAAAAAUUAUGUUUGCGAUAUUUGCAACAAAGCCUUCAGAGCGAGCUCAUACCUUCAGUCUCACCGGAUGAUACACACCGGUGAGAAACCGUAUUCUUGCGGUAUCUGCUCCAAAAAAUUCCGAUGCGGAGGAGACAUGAAGCGACAUCUCAAAACCCAUGAUCGCAACAGCAAGGGUGAAUCCAGCCACAAAGUAGUACAAGCGGUAGAGGAUAACUUGCAUGAUAAACAACCAAAUACCCAAAUAACUCGAUCGUCUGCGACAGACGUGAUCGACUUGACCAAGGUGAAAUCCGAGGGUGGUAGUGCCGCGAAACUGACCAGCUGUAUUCAAGCCCCUCCGGUAGUGACGGUGUUGUCGAAGGAUAUCGUACAUGCCGGCAAAAUUGCUAGUUCUGUCGGUCAGCAGCCACAACUGGUGUACUUACCGCCGACCAUCGGGGAUCAAUUCCGGAAUAAACCGGAAGAAACCGUACUGAUGGAUGUCUCGCGGUGGUAACGGCCGCACUUCCACACAGUAUAAUAAUGGCGAUGCAAAUGUGAAGCACGAGCAUUUUUAUAUUGAAGUUUUCUGAAUCGAUUUUUUAUUUAAAAUAUCGUUUAUGAAAAACAUUUUUUUUUAAUAAAAAAGACGUUUAUGAAAUUAA